UUCUAUUCUUCACUCGCUCUUCGCUUCGAUUUUCGCGUUUCGAUCGGGAAUGCCUUCGAAAUCGAGAAUUGUUCUUCUUCUGCUCCUCCUCGGCAUCGUCUUCGUCCUCGCUCCACUCUCCGACGCUGGCAAAGCCCGGGAAGCUCGCCGGAGGGUCUCCAAAUCGAGCCUUGAUCUCGAUCUCAAUGACACGCUUGUUUAUUUAUGGCCACUGCCUAAGAAUUUCUCACAAGGAGACCAGACACUCACUGUGGAUCCCGAUCUUACUCUACGACUCCGAGGUGCUCGUGGAAACUCUUUGAUUGUUUCGGAAGCGUUUGAGAGGUAUAAAGAUCUCGUUUUUAGGUCGCAAGUUGUCCUGCGAGGUGUGAGCUUUGAUGUCAGUACGCUGACGGUGGUCGUCGAGUCCGAUGAUGAUGAGCUUCAAUUUGGAGUGGAUGAGAGCUAUGCGAUAUAUGUUGCUGGAGGAGAUAGUACGUCGAUUAUCGGACAGGCGAUUAUCGAGGCCAAUACUAUUUAUGGGGCUCUACGGGGAUUAGAGACAUUCAGUCAAUUGUGUAUAUUUAAUUAUGAAAGUAAGAGAGUGGAAAUUUACAAGGCUCCGUGGUACAUAAAAGAUGAGCCAAGGUUUGCUUUCCGUGGACUUCUUCUUGAUACCUCACGGCAUUUUCUACCAAUUUCUACUAUCAAACAAGUUAUUGAUUCUAUGUCUUAUGCUAAACUCAAUGUUCUCCAUUGGCACAUUAUUGAUGAAGAAGCCUUCCCUUUAGAGGUACCUUCAUAUCCUGAUUUAUGGAAAGGUUCAUACUCAAAGUGGGAAAGAUACACAGUUGAAGAUGCUAAAGACAUUGUCAACUUUGCCAAGAAAAGAGGGAUCCAUGUUAUGGCAGAAAUUGACGUCCCUGGCCAUGCAGAAUCAUGGGGUAAUGGUUAUCCUGAUCUCUUCCCUUCUUCUAAUUGUACGGAGCCUCUGGAUGUUACCAAGAACUUCACAUUUGAAGUGAUUUCAGGAAUUUUGUCCGACAUGAGGAAAAUUUUUCCAUUUGAUUCUUUUCACCUGGGAGGCGAUGAAGUCCAUACAGAUUGUUGGAAUUCAACACCACAUAUUAAGCUAUGGCUUGAGGAUCGUAACAUGACGACCAAAGCUGCAUAUCAAUACUUUGUUUUGAAAGCUCAAGAGAUAGCACUUGCUCAUAAUUGGAUUCCUGUCAACUGGGAGGAAACAUUCCAUUCAUUCAAGGAAAAACUGAGUCCUCAAACAGUGGUUCAUAACUGGUACAGCUCUGGAGUUUGCCCUGAAGUUGUUGCUAAUGGUUUUAGAUGCAUCUUUAGCAAUCAAGGUGCAUGGUACCUUAAUUGGGUGAACACUCCGUGGGAGGAUUUUUACACCAGUGAACCAUGGGAAGGGAUAGAUGAUCCUGCGCAACAACAACUUGUGAUUGGUGGAGAAGUUUGCAUGUGGGACGAAUUCGGGGACACCUCUGAUCUUCAGCAAACUAUAUGGCCACGCGCUGCUGCAGCUGCAGAACGUCUGUGGGGUUCAAGGUAUAUAAAUGAUACCGAAUCUUUAAAUACGACAGUGCUACCACGGCUGCAGUACUUCAGAUGCUUACUGAAUCACCGCGGAAUUGCAGCUGCUCCUGUGACAAACAAAGAGGCAAGAACGGCGCCGGUUGGUCCAGGUUCAUGCUUUGCACAAUAAAGACGUGCAGCAUAAUUGUAUAUGUGCAUAACUAUUUAUCUUGUUGAUUUUCCCCAUUGAAUAUAUUCUAUUCUGGAAAUAUGUUUGUAAAAUAAGUUUUUCCCCAUUGAAGCAAGACAAAGUUAGAAUGAAAUUGUAAACCUUGACAUUCAAAUGAUGAUACUUGUAAUGAUGGAGGCUUUGAGAGCUGGCAUGGCAAACAUUGCACUAUGUUGGCCUUGUAGGCUAUGAAGCAGUUCAAGAGCCA